AUGCACACUGAAGACAAACACAGCCACCAUUUGCGCGAUGAAGAGCGCAAGAUGUUGGAGGAUGCAGAGCGGCGGAAAGAGGCCGCAGAGCGGCAAAGGUUCGCAGCAGAAGAAGCUCUCGCAGCAGCUGUACGAAGGAGGGAUCAUGAAAGGCGAGAAGCAGCGUCCAUGGCCUCGGAGGAUAUGUCGUCUGCAGCUUUGCGCGAAGCAUUGCGACUGGCGGCAGAGAUUAAAGGCUUUGCUGCUGCAGACGCCGAGUCUUUCGUGUGGAGGGAGAUGUGUCGAGAGGCAGCAGAAACAAGACAAAUGGCUUCAGAAGAUCAGCAUUCGUCGUUGUUGCGACUUAGCGAUUCCAAGCCAGUACCUCGCUUCGAUCAGCAGGCUGCUCGUACUGCAGCUCCUGACCUAUCGGUGUUGGCGAAGAUGGUAGUGCCCGGACGCAGCCAGAAGCCAGAAGAUCAGUAUGGAGGCUUCAGGCCGAGGGGCACGAGGACGCUGGACCCAUGGGAUUCAAGUGAUGUUUCUGAGUCCGUGGCGAAGGGCGACAGGCUUGUGAAGACCAAGGAGGCCAAGACCUGUGGCAGUUUGAUGUGCCUGCAGCUCUGGGAGGGCAACUCGCGAUUCAGAGGCUCCUCAGGCAAAAGUUUGAGUCGCAGACGCCCAGCGAAGUGGAGUCGUCCAGACGACGAUCGCCCGGAGCGGGUCUCUGCUGCGCUGUCUUCAGAAGACCUCGGCUUGGAUGGCUUGGCUGCAGGCCUCGAGGAUUGGGGCUCUGUUGCUGAUGUGGUGCGGCUGGAGAUUCGAAUGGAAGGCCUGGAGCAGCUUCCCAUGCUUUCCAGAGUGCCUCAACUGCGUAUCUUGGUGCUGAGCGGCAACAAGAUUUCAAGCCUGGAGGCUUUGCACGGCUGUCCCAAGCUUGAGGAGUUGGUCCUCUGCCAAAAUGCGCUGACGUGCUUGGAUGGGUUGCGGCAUCUGAGGCACCUUUCAGUCCUCAAGGCGACAAUGAACGCCAUCACUGAUGCAGAGGAUUUGGCACAGCUGCCACAGCUUCGAGUGGUGGACCUUAGCAAGAAUCGGUUGGCCUCAGUGCAUCUCUCAGCAAAAGGCCUUGGCAAGCUUGUUCUGUACAGAAACUCCUUGCAGUCCGCAGCCUUUUUGCAAGAGUUGCCAUCCUUGACCCAGCUGGACCUCGGACGAAAUAAGCUCACGGAGCUGGAUGCUGCAAUCUCCGAGUGGAACCCCGUGCUUACGAAAGCUUUCCUCUACGAGAACUCUUUGGCUUCGCUUCCAGAGCUCCACCUGCCCUUGCUCACCGAUCUUUGGCCGAGAGCUUGUCAGCACAAUGGAGCAGUGGCCUUGUGCUCAAACCCGAGCCUGCCGCGGUUGGACCUCGCUGCGUGCAGCAAGCGAUUUCGACAGAUGGCUGCCGAGGAUUUUCACGGAGAGGAAGACGCUCCUCUGACACCCGAAAGGGUGAAGGAGUUCAAGAACUCCAAGUUUCAAAAAUUGGUGGAGGUGUAUAGUAACGGCUUGAAACCGCUUGUUCAAGAGAACAUCCGCUUGCGAGAAGAGCUUGGCCUAGAUCUGGAUACUCCGCUGGACUGGGAUUCGGAUGAAGAUUCCGGCGGCGAAGAGCAUUCGCUGCAGGUUGGCUCGCAUGCAUCAGCCUUCGUGGAGCGCGCCAAGUCGGAGCCUGCAAGAUUACGAAGUCAGGCGCAGGAUGAACUCGAGAGCAAAAAGUCGUCGUCGUUCAAUUCAGACCGGUAUCAAGUACUGCCUCAGUUCUUGAGCACACCGCUGGAUAAGGCAACCGAGCGACAGUUCAAGGCCACCUUGGUUCAAGACCUGCGCCGCUUUUCCGAAGCGGUGGAGAUGCAACCUUUGGGCCAAGAUGAACGCAUGAGCUGCUACGACCUCUUCGUCAACACGUUGAGCCAGCUCAGGAGUACUGCAUCAGAGCUCGUACUCGCUCAGGUCCAAACUCGGAAAUUGCACUUUUCUGGGACAUCCUGGGUCCAGGCCUUGGGAGGUUUAUUGCUCAUUGCCUACGACGUUUUCGCUAUCCCCUUGCAAGCAUUUCCGCUAGACGAGGAUGUCUUCACCGAAAGUAUGGGUUGGAUAACGCUGUGCUUCUGGACCACUGACAUGGUUGUGAGCAAUAUCGUUGGCUAUUUUGACGGACCUCAACUAGUGAUGCAGCAGUAUCGCAUUACGUUGAGAUACUUGCGAACUUGGUUUGUGCUGGACGCAGUGGUGGUGAUACCUGAUUGGUUUACAAGGCUGGCGCAGGACUUCAUUGAUUCCGAAUAUUUGUUUAUUGUUAUGGAUAUACUGCGGCUGCUGCUGUUCAUUGUGGUUCUGAAUCACGUCAUCGCAUGUUUGUGGUACCUCCUGGGCUACAUAGGCUACGAAUCUGGCGAUUAUAACUGGCUUGAAUAUACUGGGUACACCAAGGUGAUCGAAGGUUCAAUUGCAUGGCAGUACACCACCGCUUUGCAUUGGAGUCUGACGCAGUUCACUCCAGCAGGAAUGGACGUAUUCGCACGGAAUGUCCCAGAGCGCAUCAUGUCCGUCAUCGUUCUCGGAUUUGCGGUCAUCAUCUUCUCUUCAGUCCUUGCCAGUGUCAGCGCAUCUAUGACAGCUUUGAGGAAUCUGCAGGGAGACUCGAAGAAGCAGUUUUGGCUCCUCCGUAGAUAUCUACGGCGAAAGCAGGUCACAACACAAUCUCGGGUCCGAAUCAUCAAGUUCUUGGAGCACGUCGUCAUGAUACAGGCAAAAACGGUGAAGUCCAGUGACGUUUCCCUUCUGGGGAAGCUGUCCCAGCCCCUCAAAGAGCUUCUGGAGUAUGAAGUCCACAAGGAGACUGUCAUGCUCCACCCCUUCUUCCACUACCUGGGUGAGUGCGUUCAUUCGUUGAUGGUCAAGCUGUGUGCGGCCACGCUAGCGCAGGUGCAGUUCGCACUUCAAGACUGCAUUUUUCGAGCAGGCGACCUGGGUGAGCACAUGUAUUUCAUUACCAGUGGAACCGCCAAGUAUGCGUACCAGGAGCUGCACGAAGGGGAUUGGAUGGCUGAAGCUUCCUUGUGGACCCAGUGGAGUCAUCGUGGAUUGCUUGUGAUUUCUUCCCAGCCCACUGUUUUGUUGUUGUUGUCGUCGCAAGGCUUUGGCAACGUCAUGCGGAUGAGCCAAAGCUCUUACGUCCUUUGCAGGCGGUUCGUCUUUGCCUUCGUAGCUGAGCUAAAUGCUAUGGAGAGCAAAGGUGAGGCUUCUGAUAUGCCUUGGGACCCCGACAUCAUCAACAAGAUGACGCUGGAGAGCUCUGAAUCAAGUGGUCUUGCCGCGAUCCGGUCGCUUGCCUGUUUCGUUGGACGGAUCUGUGUGGGAACACACGAGCACUGUCUGCGUCUUCGUGCCAAUCAUCUCCCUGGCACCACGGUCGUCAUCAUCUUGUGGCUGGAGCACCCCAGCAGAACUUGCGGAAACCAGGUGCAAUGUGUAUAG